AUGGAAAAACAGCUUAUAUUUGUCGAAGAACAUUCAUCUUAUAAAAAAGGAAGCCUUUCAGAGAGUGAUUUGUGCAAAGAUCCACUUAAAAUGUUUAAAAUUUGGUAUGAAGAAGCAGUGCAUCUACAGAAAACAAUGCAACUACAGGAAGCAAAUGCAGUGACAUUAUCAACAGCUUCUCUACCACUAGGCCGUGUUUCUGCACGAAUUGUAUUAUUGAAAGAGCUAGACUCCCGUGGAUUUGUUAUUUAUAGUAACCUUGAAACAUCUCGUAAAUCACAAGAUCUUAAAUCAAAUACCUGGGCAGCAUUAACAUUUUAUUGGGGACAUCUAGAAAGACAAGUACGUGUUGAAGGGAAAGUAGAAUAUCUGUCUGUUGAACAAUCACAAGCAUAUUUUGAUACACGCCCUUUAUUAUCUCGUCUGGGUGCAUGGUCAUCAAGACAAAGCGUUCAGUUAAAUGACCGGUCCGAACUAGAAGAAAAAUUUAAAGAAGUUCAAAAGAAUUUUUCAAAAGUUUUAGAAAACAAAAAUGAAAAAAUACCAGUUCCGCCAUUUUGGGGAGGAUUCCGAAUCGUCCCUGAGUCCAUAGAAUUCUGGCAAGGACGUGAAAAUAGACUACAUGAUAGACUCAUGUAUACAAAGAAAGACGAUGAAUGGAAUAUAUCUAGACUAUCACCAUAA